AUGCCCCAUAGGAAAAUCACAGCUUUCCCUGAUGGUAAUUCAUUUGUUUAUUAUAAUGAAUCGUUAGAUAAAUUGUUGAUUGGUAAUAGUGAGGGUUUGAUCAAAGUUUUCAAUGUUCAUGACACUGAACAAGACCCAACAUCAAUUGAUAUAUUAGAAAAUUUGACCAGCUUAAGUUUAAGUUCAAACAAUGUUGUGUUAACUACCACUGAAGGUCAUGUAGAAUUGAUUGAUUUAAAAGAUAAUGUAUCAAAAGGAACUAUAUUUCGUUCGGAGUUGCCAUUGAGGGCAGUUGAAUUUAUAAAUCAAGGUAAUCGAAUAAUUUGCGGUGGUGAUGAUAAUAAAUUAAUAAUUGUUGAUUUACAAGAUAGUAAUUCGGUUAAAGAUAUUGAUAUACCGGAUCAAGUUGUCAACAUUUCAUAUUCUUCCAAAGGUGAAACUGUCAGUAUUAGUUUAUCAAAUGGUAAUGUUCAAGUAUAUUCAGUAGUGAAUGAAGAGAUUAAUUUAGUGCAAACUUUAACCAGUGUUAUACCCAGAAAAAUUAAUUGUUCAAUGGAUAAAGUUGAUUAUAAUAAUGAAAAUCACGAUGAGUUAAUAACCUGUACCAAAUCUCAAUGGUCAGCAGAUGGAAAUUAUUUAUUAAUACCGAUUGAUAAUACAAUAAAAGUUUUUGAGAGAUCAAGUUGGAAAGAAGUUGAAAAGAGAUUUAAAAUUGAUGAAAAAAUUAUAGAUUUUAUAAUUAAAGAUCAAUAUUUAUUGGUACUAACGUUGAAUGUAUUCAAAGUAUUUGAUUUUAAGACUGGGAAAUCAAUUCAUGAAGAUGAUUUCGAAUUUGAUGAGGAUUCCUUACCUAUAAACUUAUCAUUUUAUAAAAACAAUUUAUUUUUAGGUAGUACCAAUGGUGAAACUAUUCAUAUUAAGAAACUAUUAGAAGAACAAGAAGAAAAUGGGGAAUUAAAUGACUUAUUUGUCAAUGAUGUCGACGUAAGUGACGAUGAAGAACUAAAAGAAUCAGAUGUAGAAGAACCAGCAAAGAGAAAAUAUUAUUUACAUGAAGAAGAUGAUUUAAUCAUUGAUGAAGAGGAUCUUCCAGAUUUCAAAAGACCAAAACAUUCGCCAAUAAAUACACCAUCAAAGAUAAUACCAUACUCACCAGGCUCAGCACCUUUCCAGAAUGAUAGAAGAUACCUCACAAUGAAUAAUCAUGGAUAUGCAUGGAUAGUUCAAAAUAAAGAAAAUAAAAGUAUCACUAUAACUGUUUCAUUUUUUGAUAGAUCUUUAAAUAAUGAGUAUCAUUUUACUGAAUAUCAUGAAUUCGAUUUAGCAUCUAUAAAUCAAAAAGGUAUACUAUUAGGAGAAAGUUCAACUGGAUUAUUAUAUUAUAGACCACAUAAUGAAUCAACUAAUGAAUCAUGGGAAAAGAAAAUACCUUUAUUAGAUGAUGAAUAUAUUACAGGUAUAUGUGUUACUGAUUCUGAUACAGAUAACAAUGAUGUUGUUGUUGGUACUAAUUUUGGAUAUCUUCGAUUUUUCAAUCAAUAUGGAAUAAGUUUAAAUGUAAUUAAAACAAUGCCAAUUACUACAUUAGUUGCAAGUGCAGUAUCACAUAUUUUCAUCAUACAUCAAACAUCAAAUAGUAUUUUUAAUUUUUCAAUUGUCGAUACUGAUCAAGAUUAUAAAUUUUAUCAACAACAUGUUCAUCUUCCAUUAAUAGAACAUCCACAAUUAAUUAAAGGUAUAUUUUUCAAUGAAUAUAAUGAUCCAUGUAUUGUAACGGGCCAUGAUGAUACAUUAUUAAUAUUACAUGCUUGGAGAGAAAGUAAUAAUGCAAAAUGGAUCCCAAUUUUAAAUUGUAAAAAGGUUAUAACUGACUACGGAGCUGAAAAUAAGAAAAACUGGAAUUGUUGGCCUUUGGGAUUAUUAGAUGAUAAAUUAAAUUGUUUAAUUUUGAAAAAUAGUCAAUAUCCAGGAUUUCCUUUACCAUUACCUAUUGAAUUAAAUAUUGAAAUACCAAUUAAACAUAAUAGAGAUGAUAAUGUAAAUGAAGAAAUACAUGUUAGAUCAACUACAAUGGGUAGAAUAUUAGCAAAUACUUUAAAUGAAGGAGUUUCAAAAUCAAACGAAGAUGAAAUAAUGACAAAAUUAGAAAAUUAUCAAAGAGAAUUGGAUAGAUCCUUAGUUAAACUAUUUGCAGAUUCGUGUGGAGAGAAUAAUUUAAGUAAAGCAAUGAGUAUAGCUAAAAUGAUUAGAAAUGAUAAAGCAUUAAUGGCAGUUUCCAAAGUCGCUGAAAGAUUUGAUUUUUUAUCAUUAGCUGCAAAAGUUGGACAAUUAAGGGAAAAUCUUCUUGAGUUAGAUGAUUAA